AUGGUAGCCUCCUAUCCAGCCACGCCAGAGCGUAGCGCCAGGGCUCUGCAUGCAGGAAGUGACCAGCAUUUCCCCGAUGACUUCAAUUUUGGAGCUCGCGAGCAGCUCCUGAAGACAGGUCCUCCGGUAACUCUGCAACCAUUUCUACCUAGCAGUAGCCCAACUCGCAAUCCCACGGCAUAUCACAGGAGCAGAGGAUACCGUCGCAAUAGAAAUCCGGAUACAGCCAAAGACAGCACAACCAACAGAUUCUCAGCCCUUGCAGAAGAACAUAACGCCACCGAAACACCCGCCCUAGCUUUCGAUCUAGAAGCGGAGACUGAAGAUAUUAUCAGAAAGGAAAAAGAGAGACUAGAUGUGCGCGCAGAGGUCCUUAGAACUUACGCAGAGGCGAUUACAGCGUGCACCCGAAAAUUCACCACAGGAUACGGACUAUAUAUCGCCAAUGGGUUCCAGAACACCCUCCUCCAACACUGGAACCGCUUUGCCCACGCAGAGAAACCCUUAAUACCAGCAAACCGGCUUACUGCAGCUCUAAUUGCACCCACGGAGAAGAACAAACCUAUGCCAACGGGGAUAACAGGCAUAGCCGCCAAAGAAAACACCAGAACCGACAAGUCGGUGAGCUUCGCCAACAUCGCGGAAUAUGCCUCACGCCAGGCACCAGGGGAUGUGCACGUGCAACCCCACCGCCGCCAAAACACAACUAUUGCGGAUCGCACCGAUCGCAGGGUCCUACUCCGCUUGAAGAAUGGCUCCUCCUUCUUCGAGAAGGGCCUACAGAUCCGCCUUGCACUAAAAGACAAGCUUGCUAUUGCAUCCCAUGACAUCCAAGACAUCAAACCAACAAAUACAGGAUGGGCAAUUGUGGCCCGGAACGAGAAAAUCCAGCAGCUCAUUCUAGAGAAGCAGAACGAAUGGGGCCCAUGUAUAGACCUAGAUAUUGCAGAGAAACAAAUCCCAUGGCACACCUACCUGAUCAAGAACUUCCCUAAGACUAUCCACUCUUGGGACGGCACCCUUCUGGACUUCGAGACAACAAUUGGAGAAGAGAUUAAAGCCCAAACAGGGCAAAAGCCAGAACGAUGGCAUGUCUCACAAAAGCCCAAUAAUGAGGAUCCAACCAAAGCAACACUAGUUAUCUCAUUCCUUAAGCCGCUGAAAAGCAACUUCCGGUUACUCGGACAGGGAGGCUACUCGUUUAAACUUACUAAACCAAAGAAACUGUCUCAGUGCACCCACUGUUGGAACUUUCACCCGCCAACUCGCUGUAUCGCUGCAAAAGUCUGUGUUCGCUGUGGUAUCAAGGAUAAUGCGCAUAGCGCUGACAGGUGCGAUAAUACGACAAAAUGCGCGAACUGCUAUGGCGCACAUAAAGCCAACUACGAGAACUGCUACGCCCGCCCACAGAAACUUCGCGACAAUUUCCAGAAACUCUCAAAGACUCAGCUUAUUUACGCCAGGCAACUAGGACAAGAAGACUUUAAACGAAAGAACAAUACACAGCAAACUGACAGUGACCAAACCGCCCUUGCUGAGGAGGGUGAUGAAGACGCCCGCCCGCUACAGGAUGCCGAGAUGAGCGGCAUAGAGCCAAUUCAGACAACCCAGGUCCCAGAAACAAACUCAGAAUAUAACACAGAAAGCAAAGAGAGAGGAGGAGAGAUACUAGAAGAGAGAGAGGAAGAAGAGGAUAUAGAUGAAGAUGAAACAGAAGAAGCAGAAGAAGUCGAGGACACAGAGGAAGCAGAGGAGGAAGGUAUAGAAGAAGUCCUACCUAAACCCGUACAGCCUCGCCUACCAAACACCAACAAUACACCAAGCUUGCAGGCUACUCCCAAACACUAUUCCUAUAUCACCGGGAAGGGUGCAUUGCACGCAGUCACCAAGCAAAAUUCUAUAACCAGUACCAGCACGACUAGAGACCGGUACUUCACCAUUAAAAAGCAGUUCCGACCCCAACCCCAAACUGACGACAUAGAGCCACCAAGCGAAGCCACCGCCCUGGAACCACCUAGUGAAACCACCUCCCGAGAAAUCAUUGGAGUACGUACACCUAGACGAACUUCAGCCACUCACUCGCCGCCUAGCAGCCCUCCACUAGCUGCCAGAAGGCGAGACCAGUCACCAAGCAAAAUACGACGCAUCACCACACCAAACGUAGACAAAGGCGAGGGAGCCCACUGCGCGGCCCUCCAACUUGCUUUUCAGGAGGGCUACAAUAUAGUACUCAUACAGGAACCAAACACAUCUUACAACGCACAGAAAAGGGUCUGCAGAACACAGCGCCAUCUUGGCUUCCUCUGUUUUAGCCCCGUUGACAGUUGGACUAAUAAUAUAACACGGCCACGAGUACUAACCUACCUGCGGAAAGAUAAGAAUAUCCAAGCUGAACAACUUCUCCCAGCACGUCACCGAGACCUUCUCUGGGUCCAAGUGAACGGAACCACAAUCCUCAACAUUUACAACAGACCAGAGGAAGAGGUUUCGCUGAAUCUCAUCGAGUCAUGGGCCCCUCCAAACCGAUGUGUGGUCGCAGGAGACAUGAACGCCUUUUAUCCGUUAUGGCAGGCAGAUCGGAGGGCAUCGCAGGAUGGUACAAGGAUCUUCAAUUGGACACAAGAACACAACCUAAUCCUUCUAAACGACCCAGAAACGUCAACAACAAUGCCAAGGCUAAACAAAAGAUCUAGCACAAUUGACCUGGUCUUCUCUAAUAUCUCUACAGCUACUACAACCGUGGAAGAUCACCUUACCACUGGAUCGCUGCAUUACACGAUUAGUACAGAGAUUCCAGACAACGAGAGCAGCCCUAGGACUUCGGGAAAAAUCCACGUCACUCUACCGGAGGAAAUCAAGGCAUUUACAAAACACGUGGCCAGCGCAGCCCUAUCGCUACCAACGUUCAUCUGCACCAGACAAGAUAUUGAUGAUACUGCUGGACAACUCCUACAAAUCCUGCAAGACGCAGCAAGAGCUUGCGGCCGAUUGAGUAAAGGAAAGAGAGCCCGACAGAAUCCUUGGUGGAGCAAAGAGUGUAACGAAGCACAUGAGAAUCUUCGCGCUGCUCGAUACACAACAGAAACCCAGCAUGGAGAGGAAGUUCAACGCGCUAGGAUCUACUUUAAACACAUUGUCCGCCGUGCAAAGCGAAACUUCUGGCGCACUAUUGUUGCAGAUAUUACAGACCCAGCUGACGUAUUCCAGAUUACUCGCUGGAUAAAGCCAAGGCAACAGCUACAACCUCCGCCAAUCCAACACGGAAGCGAAGUCUACACAACAAACUUAGAACGCGCUAAUGUCCUACGCAAGGAGAAGCUCGAAAGACGGGACGUAUCAGAUGAUAUCCCAGAUCCAUGGACCCCUAUAGUUUCGCCAACCCAACAAAUCCCUUUCUCGGCACACAUCUCAACCAGUGAAGCCCAGGAUGCGCUACUUAAAACGGGAAAUACUACUCCUGGAAUGGACGGUAUUACAACAAAAAUGCUCCAAGCAAUCUGGCCAAGCAUUUCGCAUGUCACCACACUCCUCUAUAACGCUUGCCUCACCCUAGGAUACCACCCAACUGCCUUUAAAACAGCAGAGGUGGUAAUGAUUCCGAAACUCAAUAAGAGAGACCUUAGUGAUGUCUCCGCGUGGCGCCCUAUCUCCCUCCUUUCCUCCGUCAAGUACAAGGUCCUCCACCCUAACCAGGCUGGGGCACUGCCCAAAAGAAGCGCGACAGACAUCGUCACUGCACUUCUCUACGAUGUUGAACGUGCCUUAGGUAACGGCAAGGUCGCUACACUUGUCACAAUGGAUGUAAAAGGGGCCUUUGAUGCUAUCCUCCCCUAUAGGCUAGUCCUACGACUCCGACAACAGGGAUGGCCGGAUUUCCUGAUUUGUUGGAUCUAUCACUUUGUCUCCCACCGCAAAGCUCUCGUUAGAUUCCAGGACGCUAAAACAGAACCCGCAGAGUUACCCUGCGGCCUCCCUCAGGGCUCGCCGAUAUCACCGAUUCUCUAUCUCCUAGCCACCACCCCUAUCUACUCCCUUCCAGGAGCAACGGAGAGGUAUGGCUACGCAGACGAUACAGCAAUGCUCUUCACAGGAGACAGUCUAGAAGAGACCACUGUAAAAGCAAACGCGGCGAUUGCUGCAAUGGAAGCAUGGGGGCAACAGGAGGCUUUUUCCUUCGACCCAGACAAGACAGAGGUUAUGCACUUCUCCAGAAAAAGGAACAGAAGCUCCCCAGCAGUCUGCCACCAAGGCCAGGAGGUUAAGGCACCAAAGGCAAUGCGUUGGCUGGGGGUCUGGCUUGACCGCAGGCUCACUUUUAGCACGCACAUCGAUAAAUGGUCGCUUACGUACGCGGAACGUCAGCAGUAG